AUGGAAGCGCAAACGGAGAGCGGGCUCAAAAGCGAGGCGGCUGCAGACUCGCCGACCUCUGUGCUCGAAGACGAGGUCGUAUUCGACAGAGUUUCUCAUUUUGAGGGCUUAUUCUUGAUUUAUCGAAGUGUUUCCACUCUGUACGCCGAUUUGUUUAAGAGGAAUUUUUGCGCUAAAUGUUUACUCUCCUGUAUACUGUAACUGUUCCCCCGCGGUUCUUACACAGAGGCUUGAAAACAUGCACUUUCAUCUUGCUUGGAGUAGUGUGUCAUUCGCUGGUGUUUCAUUUUUCAUUCAACGAUGCAUUUCGAUUUUAGGUAUUUUGAUAUUGUAGAAUGCUUUUAUCGACUGGUGGAGUUCAUUUUCUUGCUUCAUUUUCUUUUGCUCAGCGUUUUUCCACGUGCUAGGUACCUGUUUUGUGUAAUGUUGAUUUGUCACCGUCAUAUUAACAGGACACUUGCAGCAGCAUGGAUGGUCGACAGGCCGUCUCUGAAGAGGGAGAGAAACCUAUGCUUGACGACGGCAUGCUACUGCUUGAUGCGAAGAACGGCGACGUCUCCCUUAUCUCGAAAACCAUGGCUGAGGAGGAGAAAAAAUUACUGGAAGAGCGAACGCGAGAUGAUGAAGGGAGUAAGAGAGACGAGGUCAAACCAGUCAUGGACAGGAACUCACAGUUCAGUAAACUGGACGAACUAUUGACGCAGACGCAGCUGUACUCGGAGUUCCUUCUCGAGAAGAUGGAUAACAUAACCUUUGUAUUAGCACUCUUCAGAUUUAUCGCUAUGAAAUUUUUGUACCGUUCCUUCUAUAGUAAUACUAUUAUGGAUCUCUUGCCUGCCAGAGCGGUGCUGAGAACCAAGCCGUAGAAAAGGAUUCCGUCUCGAAGAAGCAAGUAGGGAGAGGCAGAAAGCGAAAACCCACCGUGCAGUACAACUCGGUGAGCUGUUUUUUUUUUCUCGAACUCUAUCUCACGCGAUUGACAAAUACAGUUUACGUUUGUCAACACUUCUGAUUGAUCGCCAAUGGUUUUAGUGUGACUUUUUCUUGUCCGGUGUUUAUUAAUGUAUUCAUUGGCUUUCUGUAAGCAUUUGCAAGGUGGCCCCAGCCAAGCCCAUCUUUGGCCUGGUUGAGGAUCAAGAGUGGUCCUCCUUGUUUGGCGAAGGCCAAGCUUCCGAAUGUGAGGAGAGACUAAGGGGAGCGGCUGUUGUGAGAGAUAUGGAGGAUGUGUGGCAAUACAAGAGGGCUGGAGUAAUUGAGGGAAAAUUGAUGUAUAGGAAGAUUAUGUGGUCAUUAUGUUCAACCAUCGGAGGUUAUGGUGGUGCAACCUCUUUGCUUACCAGAUCAAGAAGAGAGGGGAUGGGAAAAAAAAGUGAGGACGUGGAGAGUGGAUGAAUAUGACGGGGUUAAGGGAAGGGAGCAUUUGGAAUUGGAGUGGUUAUGCUUCUUUCUCUCUUUUAUAUGUAGAUUAUGCGUUAUAUUGAUCCUGACAUCUUGUACGUCUUAAUAUGUGAUAUACUUUGAUAGUAUCAUUUAUAAGUGCAUAAGUGAGAGGCCUUUUAUGCUAUAUAUUAUGUUUUUAAAAGCCGUCUACUCCUGAAUGAAGUACUCGGAGUAUGUUCAAUUGCUGGAGUAACAGUCAUUAUUUUAUCCUUAAACGGAAGAGAGGUAGUCAAUUUUUCCAAUGAGGGAGAAUAAACCCAGGCACGACGCCACUAUGAUUUGCCACAGGAGCAAUGUGCUAUUUUAUCAUGCGAGGAUGUACCUUACAAAGGUAGAGGCUAGGUAAGAGUUUAUGAGUAAGCAAACAAGGCAUCUGCACGGUAUCUUUUCCAUCAGGGAGUACUGUUACGAACUUUUGAAGGUUGCCAUUGUUACCAACAUUGGCAGGAAAAUUUAGCCAUAAAAAAAUGUGUGCCUAAAAAUCUUUUGUUUUGUUCAUGCUAUAAUCGAGAUAGCUAGAAGUUUUUCUCAUCUUCAUCAGUAGUCUCCGUCUUCCCCAUUUUUUGAAAGCGUUCGGUGUCUAUCAUUUUGUUUACUCGCAAAAUUUGACCUCUGUUUCAUCUCUUUGGGUAUUUAUCUCCGUUUUGUGACAUGCAUUGUCAUAAUGUAUUUUUCUUUUGGCACUCUUCUUCACAGGGGAGAGCCAAGACUGCUGUUGCAGCCAUGUUGACAAGAGCUCAGGAAAGCACCGAGUCUGAAGAUCUUCAAGUCUCUGAGGAGGAGAGAACUGAGAAAGAACAAUCUGAGCUUGUACCAUUGAUGACUGGUGGAAAGCUAAAGCCGUACCAACUGAAAGGUGUGAAAUGGCUGAUAUCAUUGUGGCAAAAUGGCCUUAAUGGAAUCCUAGCUGAUCAAAUGGGGCUUGGCAAGACAAUCCAAACAAUUGCGUUUCUUGCACAUCUUAAAGGCAAGGGUUUGCACGGACCUUAUUUGGUAAUCGCCCCACUUUCAACACUAUCAAACUGGGUGAACGAGAUUUCAAGGUAGAAUUAUCAUCCUCAUUCCAUUUAGUUUUAUUUCACUGAGUUGAAUGUUCCUUAUGUAGUUUUAUUUCAGGUUUGUUCCUUCAAUGAGAGCAAUUAUAUACCAUGGGACGAAGAAGGAGAGGGUUGAGUUACGGAAAAAGUUUAUGCCUAGAGAAAUCGGUCCAAGGUUUCCAAUUGUAGUGACGUCAUAUGAGGUUGCGUUGAAUGAUGCUCUACCUCUAUCUACUUACAGCUGGAAGUAUGUUGUCGUGGACGAGGUUAGCUUGAUAUAAAUUGUCUAAUCAGUGUUUAGUUAUUCUUCCAUGUCUGAGUACUGGAGCAGAAGCAUGCUAUCAUGGCACAAAUUUUGCUUAUUCUUUAUGUGUUUUUUUUAAUGUAUGCUCUUUUUAUUGUCUAGGGUCAUCGGCUAAAGAAUACAAACUGCCUAUUGUUGAAAGCAUUGAGACGUUUGCCAAUUGAGAAUAAACUUUUACUCACUGGAACUCCUUUGCAAAACAACCUAGCUGAAUUGUGGUCAUUAUUGAACUUUAUUUUGCCUGAUAUUUUUUCUUCUCAUCAAGAAUUUGAAUCCUGGUAAGUUUCAUUAGUUUUUUGCUUAUCGAUUUUUAUGAUGAAGCUUGCACUUUUUAAAAGUUUGCUUUAAUAUUUAUUUUCAUUAUUAACAGCUUUACAGUGUAACAUAUUUAAAUCACCGGCUUAGUUAUAUAUCAUGCAGAUUUCUUUCUUGGAUUUAUUUUUGUAUUCAGGAUUUGUGUUAAAAAAAUAUUGCGACAUUUAGUUUCUCUUCCUUUUCAUCGUUUUGCUUUAUGUGCAACAUCUUUCUAGAACUCACGUGAUUCUUGUACUUGGUUAAUUGAACAAGAUUGCCCAGCUUGAUUACUUGAUUCAUUUAAUUUGAUAUGAAAUAUGGCUGUCAAGAUUGAUUACAACACACUGAAACAUCCAAUCUGGCAUAAAAUUAGGGUGCUACUUGGCUGACCAUGAGCCCCUUUUCCAUUACGGUGUUCUGUGUGAAAGAGAAUGGGUUCUGGCAGUUAUCGGUCAUCCCGUUAUUUUUUUGUCACCGUGGGCUGUUGAUAUAGACCUUUUGGGAUAGAAAUAAGGUUGGCUGCACUAUGCCAUAAAAAAUAAAUCUUUUAUCCUUGGAGUUCCAGGUGAUUAACCCUUACGUGUUUGACUAUUACGAACCGCUUGUGCGAGAGCCAUGCUUAUGCUUGCUGCCCAUUACCAGGGAAGUAGCUUGCUUACUCCUAAUUGACGACUGGUCCACGUGACCAAUGCUUGUCAAAGGGAACCCUAAUGGUGGUCCUGCGUGUGCAUAGAGCGCAUCCGCUGAACUAUUGAAAUUUUCGCAGGAACUUAGCUCAGUCUUUUCAAAUUACCAAUGAGUUAUUGAUUUUUAGUUAGAUGUUGAAUGAUGUUUUGUCGAUGAGACUAUAACUAAUUCAAAUGUCUCAAGUGAACUUAUUAAUAUUAAGGAGGCUUAUUUAAAUGCUGACUCGUCAUCUCUUGAAUAAUUGGUAUGAUGCUCUGCAACUUUAUGAAAAAUGUGUCUGAAGUCUAAUGUGGCAGACAUACGGGAUCAUAAUCUCAUAUACUGUGUAAGAUUCUUAGACACUGGUGAAGCCAUGUAAUACAUAGUCACAAAUUCACCAUUGUGACUCUAGGAUCAUUGGUCUAUGCGUUCCUGGGUCUAUCUUACCCCUUGUCAGUGCUGUCUCAAAUUGACCUUCAACAGCUUGCCACCUCAAAUAAUGCUAUAUGGUCAAUGGUUUAUGAUCAUAAAUUUCGUUUUUGAAAUUUUGACUUUGCUUUGGGCUGGUGGUUGCAUUGACUUUGCAUUUUGUUGCGAACUUCUAUGGCUGCUGGUUUCAUCAUUUUGUUUGACGUGGUAUCCUUUUCAGGUUCGAUCUAUCUGGCAAGUACAGCUCAGAUACUCAUAAAGAGGAAAGCGAAGAAAAGAGAAGGAUCGAGGUAUCCUGUUGCUUUCUCUCCUUAUAAAAUAUCUCUGUGUGUGUGUGCGUGUGUGUGCCUAUGUGUGAUUCUCCGUGCAUGCAUCAUAGUGCAGAUGGUGUCAAAGCUCCAUUCAAUCCUACGUCCAUUUCUAUUGAGAAGAAUGAAGGCAGAUGUGGAACAGUUACUUCCACGGAAGAAGGAGAUCAUCUUGUACGCUAACAUGACUGAUCAUCAGAAGAAAAUUCAAGAUCAUUUACUCGAUAAGACACUCGAGAACUACAUGGAACAUCAGGCAGAAAGCGGUGAGCAAAAUAAAUUAUAAUUGAUCAAGACGAAUUAUAGACAAUUAUAUGGAUAUUUUGAGGCAUUGUGGAAAUAAUUUUUCUGCACUUCUGCUGCAUUGUUCCUCAAAUCCCACUCGUCCGUGCCGCAGUGAUAUGGAAAAAGGGUGUGCGGGGAAAGUUGAAUAAUUUGGCAAUUCAAUUGAGAAAGAACUGCAACCACCCUGAUCUCUUGGAGUCUGCUUAUGAUGCAUCAAGUAUGCUUCACAAAGUCGGUUUUACUCUUUGCUCUGACAACUGUCAUAUUAGUAUCGUAAUGAACUAUCUGCUUUCACAGGUUUGUAUCCACCCAUUGAUAAGCUGGUUGAGCAGUGUGGCAAAUUUCGCUUGCUGGACAGACUAUUGACUUUGUUGCUAGCUCGGAAGCAUAAGGUACUAAUAGAAUGAAUUGUUUCUGUAUCACCACCAUUGCGAUUUCCUUGUGUUUCCUAACAUGGAAUGUUCCAGGUUCUGAUUUUUUCUCAGUGGACUAAGAUUCUAGACAUCCUAGAAUAUUUCCUAAGCGAGAAAGAGCUUGAAAUUUGUAGAAUCGACGGAAAUGUGAAACUUGAUGAAAGGAGAAGGCAGGUUCGUACAUCUUCUUUAGGUCGCCAUCCUUGUCAUAUGUUUCUAGAACGUUAAUCUGCCAGCAUCAUUGCAGUUCAUCUUGGUCUUUCCAAGUCGUUGUGCUCGCUGAGACGUGUAGAUAAUUGAUGUUCAUUAAUGUUUGCUUCAGGGUGGUCAUAAACUGAUGCCUGGAUCUGGCAAUCCAGGGAUUGGGCUUUCAUACCAUUCUCAGAUUUUUUUUCCUUUUUAUGCAUGCUAUAUUAUCUUUCUGUUUCUAGUCGUUUGUGUGAUGGCUACAUUGGUCUGAUGUUAUUAUUUCUUAAACGAUCAGAUUGACGAAUUCAAUGAUUUAAAUAGCAACACGAGAGUAUUCCUUCUCAGCACCAGAGCUGGUGGACUAGGCAUCAACCUAACUGCAGCUGAUACCUGCAUAAUUUAUGACAGUGAUUGGGUAUGCUGCUUCUCGCCUCAGUGCGGUCAUUUCUAUUACGACCAAAGCUUUUGAAGUAUACCUGAUCAGAUAAAUACUUGCUGUGAUCCAGAAUCCGCAAAUGGACCUGCAGGCGAUGGACAGGUGCCAUAGGAUCGGACAAACAAAACCUGUACAUGUUUACAGGCUGGCUACUGCAAACUCAAUAGAAGUAUUUAUGUGCCACAAUUUGAUGAAUACAAGGAAACCUUCAUGUCUCUACUUGAUGCAUUUCAUCUGUGUGCAGGGUCGGAUGUUGAAGAGAGCUUUUAGUAAGCUAAAACUGGAGCAUGUUGUAAUCGGAAAAGGACACUUCGAGCAGGAGAGAAGAAAACCUGAUACAUUGGAGGUUGGUCCGCCUCUAUAUCUACAUUAGGCCCUCCCAUGCGUCUAGCCUAUGUUGAAGGGGAAUGGGUGGGAGUGAUACAUGCUGCAGUAGCAUGAAGAUUGGUCGUUGGGUUCUGGCCCAAGUUGGGCUAGGCCAGGUCCAAUUUUCUUACUGAGCUUGAUGUUGAAAGGCAUGUUUGGGAAAAGAAUAGGACAAACCCGAGCUUGAGGAUUGGCCCGCUAACAUUCCCUACGAAGCAUGCGAUCUGAUUUUCUUGAUGCAUCGGUUUUUAUUCCAGUGUGGUCUAAUCUGAUCUGGCGUCGUUUGGUUGUCACUGUAAGCUGCAACCUGUCCUGAGCGGGUUCGUCUCAUUCGUUUCAGGAGGAGGAGCUGUUGGCAUUGCUCCGAGAUGAAGUGGAUGCGGAGGACAAACUAGUUCAGAGGGAUAUCAGUGACGAAGAUCUUCUAAGGGUCUUGGAUCGCAGUGAUCUCACUCCUUCAAUUGCCGACGAAGGGAGGAAACAUUCUGUCAAUGAAGAAGUUUCAUCCUUUCCUCUGAGAGGGCCCGGUUGGGAGGUCGUCCUGCCAGCUAAAAGCGGUGGAGGUCUGCUUUCUGCAGUUAACAGCUAA